AUGGAAGAAUCGAGCCAAGUUGAAAUCGCCCAACUUAAAGAGCCCGGUUUCGACCGAACGAUCGAGCUCAAGGCUUUCGACGAGACAAAAGCCGGCGUGAAAGGCCUUGUAGAUGCCGGUAUCACUCAAGUCCCGAGAAUCUUCUUUUCACCACCCGAUACUCACGACCUAAUUAAUGAUGACAUCACAAAAGCCGGGUCACUCAAAAUCCCGGUUAUUGACCUCGAUGGCGACUUUAACCGAGAAAAUGUGGUGGGAACCAUUAGAGAGGCAUGCGGGACGUGGGGCUUUUUCCAAGUCGUUAACCACGGAAUCCCGGUGAAUGUUUUGGAGGAAAUGUUGGAAGGCUCUAGAAGGUUCUACGAGCAGGAUGUUGAGGUGAAGAAGAAGUGGUACACGAGGGAUGUUUCGAAAACGGUAGUUCAUAAUAGUAACUUUGAUCUUUAUCGGGCGGCCUCGGCUAACUGGAGGGACACGACAUACUUACUAUCUGAAGCUCUUGGUCUUGACACGAACUAUCUCAACAACAUGGGAUGCGCGGAGGGGCUGGCCACCCUUUACCACUACUACCCAGCGUGUCCCGAGCCAGAGCUUACCUUAGGGGCCACCAAGCACUCGGACUACGAUUUUUUAACCGUGCUUUUACAGGACAGUAUUGGUGGCCUUCAAGUUCUUUAUGAGAAUCGGUGGGUCGAUAUUCCCCCUGUCCCUGGAGCUCUUGUCGUCAACAUUGGAGAUCUUUUACAGAGCGAAAAAAAAGCUUUUGAUGAUACAAAAGCAGGGGUGAAGGGGCUCAUGGAGUCCGGGCUGGAAAAGAUUCCGCAUAUAUUCGUAAACGAGCAAUACAUGCUCGAGACGAAAAGCUCGGUUAGUUCUAACAGAACAAGUUUAAGUGUUCCUGUCAUAGACUUAGAAUGCUCGAACAAGGAUGAAAUCAUCGACAAAGUCAGAGAAGCUUGUCGCGAAUGGGGCUUUUUCCAGCUUGUAAAUCAUGGGAUUUCCACGAGUCUCAUGAGCAGAGUUUCUGAUGACGUUCGAAGUUUUCACGAGCUGGAUAACGAGGUUAAGGGACUUUAUUACUCGCGCGAUCACACAAAGAAGGUGUUUUAUAACAGUAACUUCGAUUUGCACCUAGUUUCGAGCGCUAAUUGGAGGGACACCCUUUAUCUCAUCUUGGCUCCUGACCCUCCUCAACCUCAAGAACUGCCUCAAGUUUGCAGAUUGGAUUUUACACUCGAGCAAAUAGACGAUUACGAAAAAUGGUUUGUUAGUGUGAUGCUCAUCACGAAUGCUAAGGUAAAGAGUGUGCACCACAGAGUGCUCGCGAAUAAUGUGGGCCCAAGAGUCUCGGUAGCGUUCUUUUUCAGGCCCCAUGUUGCUAGGCUGUAUGGACCAAUGAAGGAGUUGGUAUCUGAAGAAAAUCCUCCGAUUUACAGAGAAGUUACGGCUGAGGAGAUGAUUCGGGUCCGAUAUUCAAAGGGGCUCGAUGGGGUCCCUUUGCUAUCAUAUUUUAGGAUCAACAAAGAGUCCCCCUAA